AUGUAUCCAAGGAAUCGAAGUCAUACUAACAGCAUAUUAUUGUUACCAGCUAUAUAUUUUUUGUUGAGCUUCAACGUUUUGAACGCUUCAAACGAAAAUGAUGUUAAAAAACAAAACGUCACUAUUUCACUGCAUUCCCACAAGAACAAUUGUUUUGAUGAUUAUGAUAUUACUGCAAUUUAUAGAUUCAGGGAGAUGCAUUCGCCGACUAAGUGUCCAACAGAACAAAUAGACAGUGUAAUAUAUUCUCGUGAGUGA